AUGCAAGCUGCCAACCGUCUACAAAAUGCCCUGCGCACUGAGCGCGGUCUAACCUUUGGAGCAUGGCAGAUGCUCCCCGGGGCCAACCAUGCGCGCUUCAUGGCCAGAUCGGGAUAUGACUGGAUUUGUGUUGAUACAGAGCAUGGAAAUAUUGCUGACGCACAAAUGCACGAGGCUGUUGGUGCCAUUGCUGCCACCGGUGUCAGCCCAAUUGUUCGGAUUGCGGCCAAUGAAGGUUGGAUGGUGAAGAGAGCGCUGGAUUCAGGAGCCCACGGAAUUGUCGUGCCGCUUCUCUACACUGCGGAUGACGCCCGGAGACUGGUAGAGUCAGCUAAAUUCCCUCCUGUUGGCCGAAGAGGGUUUGGGAGUCCUUUUGCCAUGGGCUCAACAGGAGGUGUCACGGGGCCGGAAUACCUGCAACAGGCCAAUGACUCUCUUCUCACGAUUGUUCAAAUUGAGACUAAGGAGGCAUUAGAGAAUGUCGAGGAGAUCGCAAAGGUUCCCGGUAUUGAUGUCUUAUUCAUUGGACCUUGGGAUCUGGGCAACAACAUCGGCCGUCCGGUCCUCGGUGCUUUCCACGAUGAUCUCAGCGCUGCCAUUGAGCGUAUCCACAAGGCGGCUGUCGACAAUGGCAAGCGAUCAGGUAUUUACUGCGUGGGCGGUGCAGCUGCAAAGAAGUACGCAGACCAGGGUUUCCACAUGAUCUCUGUUGUUGCUGACGCUGUCGCUCUUCCCACAUUCCUCUCCGAGGCACUAGAAACCGCCAAGGGGUCCAAGACAGACGCCGCGGUCCCAACCUACUAA